AUGACGCGCCUGUCCCCGACCGCGCUCGUCGGCCGCGUCCUUCGGGUGCUCGCGCCACUGUCGCUAGUCCUGACCGUGUAUUUGUACCUCUACCCCAUCUUCAGCAACUGCGCCUUUCCACUGCCGCCCUCGCAAUCGGUACAAUCGGCGCAGGCCACGAAAAACUAUGGAUCAACAUCUGCCGCAAGCUCGAGUCGUGCCGCCUUCAUUGAGACCGCAAAGGGUCACUGGGAGUCCCUCGCCACCGUCAUCGAUGCCAACUUGAACACGACAUGGUCGCAACGAGCUCGAACCGUGUUUGUGCCCUCUCAGCCCCUUGCUCCCUUUCGCCUGCUCGUCUUUGGAGAUCCCCAACUCGAAGGUGACACGUCGAUUCCGACUGAAUACCUUGGCGUCUUCCCCCAUGCAAAGAACCUCUGGAAGCAUGUGACCUUCCAGACAGAACACCCCUCCGUGCGUCAGCGAAUCCGACAGUCCUUUCAUGAGGUGGUGGACAUACUGUUUGAGGAUGCCUUCAAUUUCCUUGAGUCGUUGCGCAAGCGUAUCGACUUGGUCGGAAACGACCUCUAUCUUUCCCAUAUCUACCGGACAGUUCAUUGGUGGACGCGCCCGACUCACGUCGCUGUGCUCGGGGACCUGUUGGGUAGCCAAUGGAUCAACAAUGAUGAGUUCUACCGCCGUGCCGAUAGAUACUGGAAUCGUGUUUUCCGUGGAGCAGAGCGCGUGCCGGACAGCCUUGCUGCAUACCCGGCUGACGAGUACGAUCUGGCCGGUUUUUUGGGAAGCGGUGCGUUCAACGAGUCUUCUCCGUGGUCCCGCCGCUUGAUCAAUGUAGCCGGCAACCACGACAUUGGCUAUGCUGGGGACAUUAAUGAUGAGAGGGCUUCGCGCUUUGAGACUGCUUUUGGCAAGCUUAACUACGAGCUGCGCUUCGAGCUUCCCCUACUCGAAACUGCUGUGGCUGUGUUCGACGACGCGAAGCAUCCUAAUCCUCACUCGGACCGAUUAAUGCCCGAGGUGCGCAUCGUUGUCCUCAACGACAUGAACAUCGACACCCCCGCUUUGUCUGCUAAGCUUCAGGAUGACACCUACACGUUCAUCAACAAGGUCAUCAGCACUUCAGCCUCGGUCGACUUUAAGGGCCACUAUACCGUGGUAUUGACGCACAUACCUCUCUACAAACCCGAGGGCGUCUGCGUUGACGACCCCUAUUUCGACUUUCACGAGCACGACGGCACACUGAGAUCGCAAAACCAGCUCAGCGCCGCCGCUAGCAAGGGCUUCCUAGAGGGUAUCUUCGGCAUGUCGGGCAGCACGGCCGGUCCGGGAAAAGGCCGCGGUAGGAGAGGCAUUAUCCUCAACGGCCAUGACCACGAGGGCUGUGAUACCUGGCAUUAUAUCAAUCAGUCCAUCACUGAACCUAAGCAUCGCAAGUGGGAGGUUAAGCGCUGGCGGCAGGCCAACGUUGCUGGCAUUGUUGGCCAGGAGGGUCUGCCUGGAAUCCGGGAGAUCACGGUCCGCAGCAUGAUGGGCGACUAUGGCGGCAAUGCUGGUUUGCUAAGCUUGUGGUUUGACGUGGCUUCUUGGGAAUGGAAGGCGGAGUACGCAACCUGCCCGCUCGGGACGCAGCACCUCUGGUGGCUGGUGCAUAUCUUGGAUCUCAUUGUUGUCGUCAGCAUUGUGCUGUUAACUGUUGCUUCCAUUCUCUUGCCUCUGGGCGUCGAUGUGGAGGGUGCUCAGUUGCGGCUCAUGUGUUUUGGGCGGAGGAGUCACAAGGUUAGAGACACUCAUGGUGUUCCUAAUAGUAGGGGAUUUGGAAAGAAGGUCGGUUCUGGAUGA